AUGUCGGGCAUGGGAGAUGGAUAUGUGGGCACAGCCCAAGAUGCCGUGAGGAUCCGAAGACUCGAAAAGCAAAGAGAAGCUGAGCGCCAAAAAAUUCAAGAGCUCAAAACCAAGUCAGCCUCUGAAAAAGGCCAGCCAGGUCUCCUCCAAUUUGGAUCAAGUACUUCUGAGAUUCUUGAGACAGCAUUUAAGAAGGAAACCGUUGGUUUGGUUACAAGGGAGCAAUAUGUUGAGAAGAGAGUAAAUAUUCGAAACAAAAUUGAGGAGGAAGAGAAGGAGAAACUUCAGAAGCUUCAGCAAGAGGAGGAGGAACUUCAAUUACAAAAGCGUAAGAAGAGGAAGAUAAAGGGGAGUUCUCGAUUGUCCUUUGCAGAAGACAUUGAGGAUGGAAGUGAAGAGGAAGAUGGAGAAAAUAAAAGCUCAGAGGCUACAAGAGUCUGGUGUGGUAGACUUGGGAAAGAUCCUACAGUGGAAACUAGCUUUCUGCCAGAUAGUGAGCGGGAGGCAGAGGAACAAGCUGAGCGUGAAAGGUUGCGGAAACAGUGGCUUGUUGAGCAGGAUAAGAUACGAAAUGAACCACUUCAAAUUACUUACAGCUAUUGGGAUGGAACAGGGCAUAGAAAAGUGCUCCAGGUAAGAAAGGGUGAUAAAAUAGGAGAUUUUCUUCGGGCUGUUCAACAACAACUUGCACCUGAGUUUCGAGAGGUGCGAACCACCUCAGUGGAGAAUUUGCUAUAUGUAAAAGAAGAUCUUAUCAUUCCACAUCAGCAUAGUUUCUAUGAGCUAAUUGUAAACAAGGCCAGGGGCAAAAGUGGACCGCUUUUUCAUUUUGAUGUGCAUGAGGAUGUGCGAACAAUUGCUGAUGCUACGAUAGAGAAGGAUGAGUCUCAUGCUGGGAAGGUUGUUGAGAGGCAUUGGUAUGAGAAGAAUAAGCAUAUCUUCCCAGCUUCUAGAUGGGAGAUAUAUGAUCCAACGAAGAAAUGGGAGCGUUAUACCAUCCACGGGGACUGA